AGAAUGAGAAUGAGAAUGAGAGUAUGCGCACGCCCCUCCCCAUGGCGCAUCCACAUCCACAUCCUGACCCUUGUCGAUGUUCCCCACGUCGACUUGUGGUCUGUGAUCCACCUCGAAGCUUUGCCAAAGUAAGAGUGGAGGGUUCCUUAGUUCGGUUUGGCUCUGGUGGGCUGGGAAUAGACUGGUGAAGGGACCGAAUUGAUCGACUGCACCGAGUAAGUAA